GAGCGCACUUCCCGAGUACCGCUCCUUCUUCGGAGCUAGGGGAGAUAAUAUAGGCUUUUGUGCACUGGCUGGAGAAGGUUCCCAGAUAAGGUUGGAGCCGCGAACCGGCAGGAGAGAGACGGGCAGGCAGAGUUCACACCUGCUGCCUGCACUGCCGCCAGGGCUUUUAGGACCUCUGGGGCAAGUGUGCCUCGUGAGGGGCGUAGGGGCCACGGGCCGACGCGCCGGCUUCCCACCCUGCACCCUUUGGCCAAGACGAGGUGGGGCUGGAGUAAGGCUGCUCCGAAGCAAAGUCUUGGAGAAGGAAGAGGCUGAGAGGCAGGAGACUUAGGAGACUCUGGCCACGGAGCCAAGAGGAGGCACCUGGUUUCCAGCGUAGCGGCUCAGUGAUUUAGGAGCCCUCUUUAAACCUCUCCCUGGUCAGCUCCCCCUAAAGUCCACAGAAGCGCUGCCGAACUCUAGAAAUCUUCCUUGGGCGCGGAGAAGUUUUCUAGCAUCCUCUUUGGCUAGGACUGGGAGUUGGAGAAAACGGGCGGGGCUGCCCUGUCUGGCUGCUCUGGAAACAGCCGUCUUCCCUACGCCUCUUCCGGGCCCCUCGCCUUCGGGCAGCCUCCCUUGUCGCCUGGGAAGCUUGAGCCCGGGCUCUCUGCAACCUAGUUCUCUAUCUCAUCCUGGACCGCGAUCGCCCCGACAUGGAACGGCACGCUUGAGCCCCGCUGGACGCCCCGGCUGUUUUGCAAGACUCAGACAGCUGCCAAGGAAAGUGAACGAUGAAGCCACCAUUUCUUUUGGCCCUUGUAGUCAGUUCUGUAGUCAGCACAAAUUUGAAGAUGGUGUCAAAGAGAAAUUCUGUGGAUGGCUGCAUCGACUGGUCAGUGGAUCUCAAGACAUACAUGGCUUUGGCAGGCGAGCCAGUCCGAGUGAAAUGUGCCCUUUUCUACAGUUACAUUCGUACCAACUAUAGCAUGGCCCAAAGCACUGGGCUCAGGCUGAUGUGGUACAAAAACAAAGGUGAUUUGGAAGAGCCCAUCAUCUUUUCAGAGGUCAGGAUGAGCAAAGAGGAAGAUUCAAUAUGGUUUCACUCAGUUGAAGCACAAGACAGUGGAUUCUACACUUGUGUUUUAAGAAACUCAACAUAUUGCAUGAAGGUGUCAAUGUCCUUGACUGUUGCAGAGAAUGAAUCAGGUCUGUGCUAUAAUAGCAGGAUCCGCUAUUUGGAAAAAUCUGAGGUCACUAAAAGAAAGGAGAUCUCCUGUCCAGACAUGGAUGACUUUAAAAAAUCUGAUCAGGAGCCUGAUGUUGUGUGGUACAAGGAAUGCAAGCCAAAAAUGUGGAGAAGCAUCAUAAUACAGAAAGGAAAUGCUCUUCUAAUCCAGGAGGUUCAAGAAGAAGAUGGGGGAAAUUACACUUGUGAGCUUAAGUAUGAAGGAAAACUUGUAAGAAGAACAACUGAAUUGAAAGUUACAGCUUUACUCACAGACAAACCUCCCAAGCCAUUGUUCCCCAUGGAGAAUCAGCCAAGUGUUAUAGAUGUCCAGCUGGGUAAGCCUCUGAACAUCCCUUGCAAAGCAUUCUUUGGAUUCAGUGGAGAGUCUGGACCAAUGAUCUACUGGAUGAAAGGGGAGAAGUUUAUUGAGGAACUUGCAGGUCACAUUAGAGAAGGUGAAAUAAGGCUCCUCAAAGAGCAUCUUGGAGAAAAAGAAGUUGAGUUGGCACUCAUCUUUGAUUCAGUGGUGGAGGCUGACCUGGCGAAUUAUACCUGCCAUGUGGAAAAUCGAAAUGGACGAAAACAUGCCAGUGUUCUGCUGCGUAAAAAGGAUUUAAUCUACAAAAUUGAGCUUGCAGGAGGCCUGGGAGCAAUCUUCCUCCUCCUUGUACUGCUUGUGGUCAUCUACAAAUGCUACAAUAUUGAAUUAAUGCUCUUCUACCGACAGCAUUUUGGAGGUGAUGAAAUUGCAGAUGACAACAAGGAAUAUGAUGCCUAUCUCUCUUACACAAAAGUGGACCAAGAUACUUUAGACUGUGACAACCCUGAAGAAGAGCAAUUUGCUCUUGAAAUACUGCCAGAUGUGCUGGAAAAACACUAUGGAUAUAAACUAUUCAUCCCAGAAAGGGACCUAAUUCCAAGUGGAACCUACGUUGAAGAUCUCACAAGAUGUGUUGAGCAAAGCAGAAGACUUAUUAUCGUGCUAACUCCAGACUAUAUUCUCAGACGAGGAUGGAGUAUUUUCGAAUUGGAAAGCAGACUCCAUAAUAUGCUAGUCAGUGGAGAAAUCAAAGUGAUUUUGAUUGAAUGUACAGAAUUAAAAGGAAAGGUGAAUUGCCAGGAGGUGGAAUCACUAAAACGCAGCAUCAAAGUUCUGUCCCUGAUCAAGUGGAAGGGACCCAAGAGCAGCAAAUUAAAUUCUAAGUUUUGGAAGCACUUAGUGUAUGAAAUGCCCACCAAGAAAAAAGAAAUGCUUUCUCGGUGCCAUGUUCUGGACUCUGCAGAACAAGGACUUUUUGGAGAGCUCCAGCCUAUACCCUCUAUUGCCAUGACCAAUACCUCGGCCUCUCUGGUGUCAUCUCAAGCUGAUCUCCCAGAUUUCCACCAUUCAGAUUCGACGCAAAUGAGGCAUUGUUGCAGAGGUUAUAAACAGGAGAUGCCAACCACCACCUUGCCAGCACCUUCCUUAGGCAACCACCACACUUAUUGUAACCUGCCUCUGACACUACUCAAUGGACAGCUACCCCUUAACAAUGCCCUGAAAGAUACCCAGGAAUUUCAUAGGAACAGUUCCCUGCUACCUUUAUCAUCCAAAGAAUAUAGCUUCACCAGUGAUAUUUGGUAGUCGAAAAUCUGAAGUCCUCUGAACAGCUAUGUGUGCAUACAAAAUUUCUCCUAUACCAAGCAAAAAGUACACCUAAUAACACUGAGGUGCUGAAAAAGUGUUCAAAGAAAACCGCACAGAAAUCACUUUUGUAUCUAAUUUUUGUUUACAUUUCCAGAAUAGUGGGGGGAUAGAAGGACCUGAUUUUGUAGUAUAGUACCUUGUUCCAAUGUACAGUUUUGAUUUCUUCCUUAAAAGAAAACAAUUUUAAAUUCUAUUGUUUUAGUGUAGAUUUUAUGAUACUACUUAGACAGCAACUUUGGUAGGUAAGCUAUGUUCCCCAUAUUUAUGAAUAUUUCAGUAUUCACAUAGUAUUUGAAAGAGGAAAAACUUAAAGACUUUAAUUGAAUUUGAAAAUUCUGAACUAAGUUUAAGAGGAAACGAGAACUUUUAUAGAGUAACUGAAAAUCAGGAAUUAUCAAGAAAGAAGUGUUGAGACAUCCCAAUUGGAAGAUUGUAUGUAGAGGAAGAUCAGUUAAGAAAAAAAUGUGGUUGAUACGUUUAGAACUUCUUCAACAUAAUGGACAACUUCUGUAUACUAAAUCAACAGUGCAUGAUGACAGCUUUUAGUUUUAUUAGGCAAGCACAUUUUCUGUAGGCAAACUGGUAGGUAGGUAAACAACGUGCAUUUCUUAAGCAAAUGAAUAGAUAGACUGUUAGCUCUUUUAGAAUGAUGUUUAACAAACCUUAUGGCUUUUUACCCUAUUAACAAAGUUUUACAAAUUUGAAAACACAUUUUAAGUUAGGCAUUUUAUUGUUUGCUAACAAAUUCAGAUUUGGAUUUUUUCCAAAUGAUCUCUUGACUUGCUAUAAGUUUUACAUGAAGAUGCUCAUAUCUUCCUUUUUUGCAAUACCGUUGGAGUCUGAAUUUAAAUAAAUAUUGACUGCAAGAGUCAGCAGUAGAAAAGAAGUUACACAACAAUAUUCACAGAUGAAGUACUAAACGAUUCAAGUUUACUAGUGGUAGAGAAGCAAUUGCAGUGAUUCUCAUCUGAAAUGUAGUUGUGAAACAGACUGUUCUGAAUAUACACAAUAUCUGCUUGGCCAUGUGUGCAAGGCUCCUUCAGAAGUAUCUCUGUUCUUGGUGCUUCAAAGAGUAUAUUUUAUAGACUAAACUUCUUCACCCUCACAAUGUGACUGUGAUUGUACCAUAUCAGAAAAUCCCUGUGAAUAUUCUAAAAUCUUAUGGAUUUGCUGUAAGGAAUGUGCCCCUAUUCUAGUACUUAUUGUGAAUUACUUCUUUGUGUUAUUUCCAGUGAACUUUGGUGUGCUGUCCACAAAGAUUACUGUGGGGGUCAAUUAAUUAAGGUUCAUUCUGGCAUUUUGCGUAUGGUUUUUAAAUCAUGUUUGGGGGCAAAUAUAAACAAGGACAAGUGUACACAGUGUGUAAAAAUGAAGAAUUUUCCCAGUCCUGGUAACUGUGAAACACAAAUGUUUAGGAGAACAUUAGGUAAUAUGUUUUUAUUAUUUAUUUCAACCUCUUUACAUGAUUGAUUCCCUAUAAUCCAUGGGUUUUGUUCAAAGUACUUGUUUUUCUGUUGCUUUUCUAUAUCCAGAUGCUCGGAAAAUGCAUUAUGCACAAACAGUAUGUUAAACCUUAGGAGUGAUAUAUGUUCAUUUCACACUGGGACAAUUAGUUGCUCCUUUAAAAAGUAAUGUUCAGCACAUAGGUGUUUCAUAGAUACAUUUUUUUCCACUGAGAAAGGUGAUUUUGCUUCUGUAGAAACUAUAGGUAUUUCAAAAUGGAAAUUUAUCAAUUCUGAACUGUUUGCCAAGUGUUACAAAGUUGUAUUUACUCUCAUUGUUCUUUAAUAAUAUGUGUAGUUACUAAGUUAAUAACCUGCAUGAAAUAGUAUAUGUUUAAGUGACCAAUUGUACUUUUUAUUAUUUUGUUUUUCACAGAAGUCUAGAUUAAUUCAAAUAGAAUGUUCAGUGGUAUUUUUAAACUAAUAGUUCUGUAUUGAGCAUGCCAGUUCUGAAAAUAUAA